GAACAGAUUAUUUCAGGGGAACAGAAUUUUGCACAACACCGGCAUUAGAGCCAAUGUCAGUGGAAGAUUUUCUUCUACCAGAACCCUCUAGAACGGAAUAUUUUGACUUGUGUGCGGUCCCUCCCCGAGGAUGCUGGGCUGGAAAGCAACGCUCCUAUUGGCUGGCGGUGCCACGCGCCGGUCUUUUGUCUGCAGCGUGGCUUCCUAUAUAAAGCGAUGGGGACGCGUGAUUGGGUCGUCUCAGAUGAUUCCGACGCACUAGGAAGACGAGUUUACUACCAGGCCCAACCAGCUGCAGCCACACGGCAUUAUCAGGCGAUAAGACUGGAACUUUCCAGCAGAAUAACAUACAACGAGACCAACUCCGUCUGCUAACACUGAAAGGUUUUUUCGCUUGAGGAAGACAAAUAGGCAAGAUAAUAUUCUGCAGUCAUGUCCGUGAACAUCCACAUCAACAGCCCCAAUGUGAAGUACACAGACAGUCACAUCGAGGCUCGUUACUCCUACCAAACCACCUCUGUGCAUCAGGAUGGGGACAGAGUUACGGUGACCCCCGGCAGCACCGAGAUGACAUUCCGCACCGAGAGGCGCGUUCCCCGGCUGGGCGUGAUGCUGGUGGGCUGGGGGGGCAACAACGGAACCACCGUCACCGCCGCUGUCCUGGCCAACAAGCUGGGCCUCACCUGGAGGACCAAGAACGGAGAAAAGAAAGCAAAUUACUACGGCUCCCUGCUCCAGGCAUCUACCGUUUGCCUGGGCUCGGGGCUGGAGGGAGAGGUCAACGUGCCAUUCCGUGACCUGUUGCCCAUGGUGCACCCUAAUGACAUCGUCUUUGACGGAUGGGAUAUCUCCUCUUUGGAUCUGGGCAGAGCAAUGGAGCGAGCACAGGUACUCGACUGGUCCCUGCAAGAGCAGCUGCGACCGUACAUGAGCAGCCUCAAACCAAGGCCUUCCAUCUAUAUACCCGACUUUAUUGCAGCAAACCAGGAGAGUCGGGCUGACAAUGUCCUUACAGGCACCAUGGCGGAGCAGAUGGUGCGGAUCAGAGCUGACAUUAGAGACUUCCGUCAGUCCAGCGGUGUGGACAAAGUUAUAGUUCUGUGGACGGCCAAUACCGAGCGGUUCUGUGAUAUCAGUCCGGGGGUCAAUGACACCGCCAAGAACCUACUGGCUGGAAUCCAGGCCGGAGCUGCAGAGAUUUCCCCCUCCACUCUGUUUGCUGUGGCCAGUAUACUGGAGGGCUGCGCCUACAUCAAUGGUUCCCCACAGAACACCUUCGUCCCGGGGGCCGUAGAGCUGGCCACGCAGAGAGGCGUGUUCAUCGGCGGUGACGACUUUAAGUCUGGUCAGACCAAGAUCAAGUCAGUUCUGGUGGACUUCCUGGUUAGCGCAGGUAUCAAGCCAACAUCCAUCGUCAGCUACAAUCACCUCGGCAACAAUGACGGGAAGAACCUGUCUGCCCCUCAGCAGUUUCGGUCCAAGGAGAUCUCCAAGAGCAACGUGGUGGACGAUAUAGUCCAGUCCAAUCCUGUGUUGUACCAGCCUGGGGAGAAACCUGACCACUGUGUGGUGAUUAAAUACGUUCCAUAUGUGGGGGACAGUAAGCGCGCCAUGGAUGAGUACACGUCCGAAAUAAUGAUGGGAGGGCUCAACACCAUUGCGCUUUACAACACCUGCGAGGACUCACUACUGGCCAGUCCAAUCAUACUGGAUCUGGUCAUCCUGACAGAGCUUUGUCAACGCGUGACAGUCAGGCCUCAGGGAGAGCAUGACUUCCAGUCCUUCCACAGCGUCCUCGCUCUGCUCUCCUUCCUCUGCAAGGCCCCCCUGGUUCCAUCAGGGACUCCAGUCAUCAAUGCUUUCUUCCGCCAGAGAGCCUCCAUAGAAAACAUCAUGAGAGCAUGCCUUGGUCUUCCUCCACAGAACCACAUGUUGCUGGAGCACAAGCUGCAGAGGAACUUCCUGACUCCACACACAACCUUCAUCAACAACGACGUGGCCACACUGAAAAAAGUCGGCCUCGCCAAUGGCAACCAUAUCCCUCUACCGCUGACAAACGGCUUUUAUGCACACGAGAGUAACACAGCUUGUGCGAUGUGAUGGCAGAUAUUGCACUGAAGCCUGAAUCGGACUGCUGUAAAUUUAAUGCACUGUUUGAGAAGAACAAACAACCUGACUGAUCAAAUUGUGAGCCAAUUAAAAGAAUGAAUUAGCAAAAUCUGCCUGAUGUUAGGCUUAACAGUUAUUUAGAUCUGUGUGGAAACCACACGCAGUAAGUGACCAAGUCUUUAUGUACUCUGACAUUUUUAAACAGUUCACAGUUUUGUUAAAUAUUUGAUGCUGUUUUUAUGAGUUUACAAAGCAGGCUAAAGUUUUAAGUGCAGUAGGUUUUCAACUUUAGUGCAAUGUUAAUUCACAACUGUACUGUAAAUAUCUGUGAAGACAUGUUUUACAAACAUCUUGCUGAUAUCAUAACUACUGUGUUGCUGUUAAUUGAAUGGGCACCAUGUGAAGUUGAUGAAAAGGGGGAAUCUUGCAUUGACUGUUUUUGUGUUAAUGUCUUGUCUCUGUUUUAUUGUAGGAUUUUAAAAGCAUUCGUGUCAAUUUGAUGAUUUUACCGAAAACUUAGAAUUUAAGACCAAGGCUUUUUCUUAAACUUGUCCUUCCUCUUGUUGAGGUGCCUCAAGUUAAGUUGAAAUUGUUUUCACACAAAGACGGACUGUGUUUAAAAAUUAGGUGAGUAAUAAAAGAGAUUUGUUGCA